AUGAUCCGUAGAAACCACAUGAGAAACGCUGUUAACCAAGCCCCUACUCCGAACUCCUACACCGUCCUCAGUGACUCAAAGGCCGCAAUCCAAGCAAUAGCCAAUCCGCAAAGACAGUCAGGACAUCACAUCAUUCAGCGGACGCUCAUAGAAGCUGAACGACUCAGCAAGGACAGCAACAUCAAGCUACAACUUGCCUGGGUCCCCGGCCACCAGGACAUCUGCCAGGAAAACACGUGCGCAAACUGUACGACUGACGACCUAGGCGCCAAGCAAACUUAUCGGCGCAAAUGUGAACGGGCCACUCCUGGCUCAAUAGCUACCGCAAAAGAUUCGGAAAACUGCAGGACGAAGCCUACGAGUGCGGAGAAAGAGACGUUAGCGCACGUGUUCAUCGACUUCCCGAGACUCCAGGGGUUCCGACAAAGGCUACGGAUAUGGAUAGGGCCCCGUAUCAACAGCAUGACUUCAAUGAUAUCAAAGGAUAUAGUGAAAAAGGAAUUGGAUGCGAUAUUAGAAUUUGCAGAGAAGUCAGGCCGAUUCUGCAGCAGAGAUGCGGCACAAUAGGACCUUACUCUUUUACAUAAAUAUAGGUCUUGUACUCCUGUUAUAUGCGUGAUAGCUAACAAAUCCUUUUGAUCUUUGCCUAUUCUGCCAAGCAAUCUAGUAUGUUUUAUG